AUGCAAGACCUCCAGCCAUCAGCGGCCCGCCAGUACAUAGACGCCGUAUCCACCUUCGAAGCCCUGGAAGAAGCCCGGGAUGAAGGGGCUCAAGUACGCGGUGGCAUGUAUUGGCAUGCGGGUCCGGCGUCGUCUCCUCAAUCCAGCUACCUGAUCCGCACCACGCCUGCGGGCGCCGAAACCAGCCUCGGUCUUCGCACGCCGGAAACCGAAGCCAUCUAUGAACGCUUCAUGCAGCGCAAACAGGAAAGCGCCGAGCGUUUUGGCCGGGCUCAAGGCCGCAUUGGCCCAGCACCAGCGACUGAAUCGUGCGCUGCGCGUAGGCAGGGUGGACCCGCUGGUGGUGGAGCUGCUCAACCGUCUGUCGAUCACCGGGCUGAGUCCGCACUUUCGCGUGGUAGGAACGCAUGCGCUUUACGCCGGCUGCAAUUUGCCACGCAACUCGCCCGCGUAGACAGCUCCAUGCUCGGCGUACUGAAGAAGGUGGACAGCACGUUCCGCCUGCGCAAAAGCCAGCUCUACACGGCCGUCAACAAAGACGGUUUUGAAGUGGACAUCAUCCGUCGCGAACGUGUGGCAGACGAUCCCCACCCCAUCAAACUCAGCGACGCCGAGGAAGACUUCUGGGUGGCCCAGGCCAGGCGUGCCAACGUGCUGCUGGAUGCGCCACCGUUUUCAGCCGUCAUCGUCGCCAGCAAUGGAGCCAUGGCGCGCAUGCAUACCGUCCACCCGGCAACCUUCGUCGCGUUCAAGCGAUGGAUGGCCGGCCUGCGCGAGCGAGAGGCCAUCAAGCGCAGGCGGGAUGUACUGCAAGCGGACGUGGUGCAAGCGCUGGUGGACGGGGUACUUGCCUCUAUGAGUGCUUUCGGAUACGUCUGA